CAAAUCAACGUUAUUUAAACCGAAGUGAUGAAGACUUAUCUUGUUUAUCCAAGUUAAAAGAUUACCUUGUAAAAUUCCUCUUCUUCGAUUGUUCAGGGUGAGUUACCACCUAUAGCAAUCAUGAGUCGUGGAUCCAGGUAUGGACUUAUGUCACUGACCGAAAACCGAUGUGUUCCGCUAAAGAAAAUCAACAUCCAGGUGGCGAUCCAUGGAUUCAUCGCCAACGUGACCUCUGACCUUCAGUAUGUUAACGACUCGGACGAGAACAUUGAGACAGAGUUUGUCUUCCCACUCGACUCUGACGCAGCUGUUUAUAAGUUUGAAGCUGAGUUAGACGGUAGAACCAUUGUAGCAGAGGUUCAAGAGAAAUCACAGGCAAAAGAGACAUACCAAGAUGCCGUUUCUUCUGGUCACACGGCUAUGUACAUGGGAGAAGAUGACAACGCUGGAGAUAUAUUUCGUCUCAAACUCGGAAAUCUCCCGGCCAAGAAAGCAGCAAAAUUCACAUUUGCUUACGUAGUGGAGCUGGAUUUGUCAUCUGAUAAAGCGGGGACAUUUAUGUUGCCAACAGUUCUAAAUCCAAGAUACGUUCCAGACUGUUCAUCAAAAGACGAAUCUAACUCUGAGGAGACUGACACAACAUUAAUAACAUGUAAAACAACCGAAAGCGAUUUUGGAAUGAUAUAUUGCUCAGACUUUACAAUGAAUUUGGAAGCUGAAGUUGAUGGAGGUAGAAACCUUAUGGUUUCCGAAAACAAGAUGGAGUUUGAUGUGGUGGCAGAUGCAAUCGAUAACAAGAUGACGUCAUCCAAACAGCUCAAACAUGGAUCUGAUUUCACAAUAGUUUUACACUACAAAGGAUUUGAAAAGCCAGGAGCAGUGCUAGAGAAAGGAAAGGAAGGCAGCGAAAAACCAUUUUUAUCGACGGAUGUGCUUAUGAUUAAUUUUUCCCCAGAAUUCAAAGACUUGGACACAAACGUGCCGUGUGAAUUUGUUUUUAUAAUCGACCGUUCUGGGUCAAUGAAAAGAUCUCGAAUUACGAAAGCCAAAGAGACUUUACUGUUGCUUUUGAAGAGUCUUCCUGUACAAUGUAUUUUCAAUGUUGUCAGUUUUGGAUCAAGUUUUUCUACUUUGUUCCCAAAGAGCAUAGAGUAUAAUGAGCAAAACCUAGAAGAAGCUCUGAAUCUACAAAAGACGAUGGAAGCUGAUAUGGGAGGAACAGAGAUCUUCAAGCCACUAGAAUAUGUCUUCAGUAAAAAAUAUUCGUGUUCCUAUGCUAGACAGGUUUUUCUACUGACGGAUGGACAAGUUUCGAACAUCCCAGAAAUAGUCAAAUUAGUGAAAAAGCAGAAAUAUACUAGAGUGUUUACUUUUGGCAUUGGAGAUGGCUGUUCAACAGAACUAAUAAGGGAUGUCGCCAAAGUAAGCAAUGGAAAGGCCACUUUUGUGAAAGACAAUGACAGACUACAGUCAAAGGUAAUGUCUGUGUUGAAGAACAGUGUACAAUGCGGAAUAUCAGAUGUAUCUUUAACAUGGGAUCUACCUGAUGGUUGUUCUGUUAUCAAUGCCCCAGAAGAAGUUCCACCAAUUUUUCAAGGAGAGAAACUGAUUCUUUAUGGUAUUAUAUCAGGUGAUAUUUCGAAGCAUGCUUCUAAAACACAUUCGAUGAAAUUGACUGGAAAGGCUGGUGACAAGGGUGUGGAGUUUAACGUGGAUUUUGACUUGAACAUCAGCAAGUCUAGCGACACAGAUGAAUCAUAUCCACUCCAUAGACUUGCGGCCAAAUCCAGAUUAUCAGAGAUGGAAACGAAUUAUGCUAAUGAGAGUGUGAUGGUGGCAUUAAGUACAGAAGUCAAUGUAACUUGCAAACACACAGCCUUUGUUGGUGUAGAUAGAGAGAGCAAAGAGAUUGUAGAAAAAUAUAUACCGAUGCAGAUGACUUCGACAAAGUCGUACACGAGGAGGUCUAACUUCAAUCUAUGUGCUGCACGCUCACAUUAUGCCGUACCAAAUUUUUGUUCAAAUAUUGUACGAGAAGAUAAGCCAAUGAAGUUCCAGUCACGAGUACAUAACAAAAUGUUCUAUAGGUCAAUGGCAUGUUCUUUGGACAUUGGGAAUCGAGAUCUUGAACAGCAAG